GAGAGAAGAGAUGAUAAUUUGAAAUCAACCAAUCGCAAACUCCUUUGUUGAGAGGUUCCGGCAGAACGCGUUUCCGUGAGGGGAGUUUGUAGUGGAGGAUAAAAGCAACACAAGCCGGUAGCGGAGAGAAGACUAUGCAUGUUCACUACCUUGCAUCAGUUUUGGUGGACUGGGACCAGCACAGUAUGCUAAAAUGUUUGACACGGCUACACAUGCACUGUUACGUGGGAGAUAAUCAGACAGGUUCUUACAUAGCAGCCCUUCACUCUUGCUUAGUGUCCGGUUAAGUGUGUGGAUGCAGUGAGAGGAAAGUCAGAAGGAAGAGACAUAUAAUAAAAGCCUCACGAUGAACACUCAAAGUGAUAUGACCGGGUCGAACGAGUUUAAGCUAAACCAAGCACCCGAAGAUGGGAUUUCCGCAGUCAAGUUCAGUCCAAACACUUCCCAGUUUUUGCUGGUCUCUUCUUGGGACUCAUCUGUGCGUCUGUAUGAUGUACCUGCAAACACAAUGAGACUUAAAUACCAGCAUGCGGGGCCAGUCCUGGACUGUGCUUUUUAUGAUCCAACCCAUGCCUGGAGUGGAGGAUUAGACCACCAAUUAAAAAUGCAUGAUUUAAAUAUGGAUGGAGAGACUGUGGUUGGGAGUCAUGAGGCUCCCAUUCGAUGUGUGGAAUACUGCCCAGAGGUGAAUGUAAUUGUGACCGGGAGCUGGGAUCAAACCGUGAAGCUAUGGGACCCAAGGACUCCUUGCAAUGCAGGGACCUUCUCUCAACCAGAUAAGGUUUACACACUGUCUGUAUCAGGGGACAGACUCAUCGUGGGAACUGCUGGUCGAAGGGUACUGGUUUGGGAUCUUCGAAAUAUGGGCUAUGUGCAGCAAAGGCGAGAAUCCAGUCUUAAGUACCAAACGCGAUGCAUCAGGGCAUUCCCAAAUAAACAGGGGUAUGUACUGAGCUCCAUUGAAGGCAGAGUCGCUGUCGAAUACCUGGAUCCAAGUUUGGAAGUCCAGAAGAAGAAAUAUGCUUUCAAGUGUCAUCGACUGAAAGAGAACAACAUCGAGCAAAUUUACCCAGUCAAUGCCGUGUCUUUCCACGGUUUGCACAACACCUUUGCCACAGGAGGCUCUGAUGGUUUUGUCAACAUCUGGGAUCCCUUUAACAAAAAGCGCCUGUGCCAGUUCCAUCGCUAUCCCACAAGCAUCGCUUCCCUGGCCUUCAGCAACGACGGCAGCACUCUGGCAAUCGCCGCCUCCUACAUGUAUGAAAUGGAUGACAUUGAUCACCCCGAAGAUGCAAUCUACAUACGGCAAGUGACAGACGCAGAGACAAAGCCCAAGUGAGGCAGCUGCUACUCCUCCCCCUCCCCCCAGCUCCGAGAUUUUAUUAAUUUUCCCUUGGCUCAUGAAUAGUUUUAUUGAUGUCAAGGGGAGAUAACUGUGGCUGACUGUAGGGCCGGGGGAGAUUUUAUCACAUCUUUCCAAGCUUUCAAUAUCCGCCAGUUGAUAGACGUCUGACAGAUAAAAUUAUGCUCCGUUGUUUUAUACUGGAGCACGUCGACCUCUUCUGCAUUUUCAUUAUCUUCAUUAUUUCACCUGGAGGACUCCUUACUGUUGGCUUUGCCCUUUAUAAUGCAGUUGCAGAAUUGACUGUCAUUUGCCAUCUCACCUGCUUAUUUGGGCAAUUAUUACUCCAAUCUCACUAUUACAUUUACAUAAUGCUGCUUCUGAAAACUGCAGGCGUAUGGGUGCUAUAAAGGCUUUUCACUAAAUCCCCCAUUGGAAAUCUUUCCCGUAGGUUAAACAAAUCUAAAAGUCAAACCAUUUUACAGGUGGAAUUUGAAAGAUUUACAGAUUCAGGGAGAUCAGUCGCCCAGUGGCAAAUCUCCUCUUUUUUGGGCGAGGCGACUUCGGAAAACAAGCACCAUCCCGUAGCGAUUUAAAUUCUAGCCGGCGGGAGGCAGUUCGGGGCGAUUAGUUGCCCCGAAGAAGAGGAGAUUUGUCGCCGGGCAAUCUCCCUGAAUCUGACUGUGCCCUGACCCUUAAGGGGUGAAAGGUGAAACAACUUCAUUCCUCUACUGCAAAUUAGCACCCCAAAAUCUGUCACCGGCUUUUGUUUUGCUUUGCAGGUUUCACUUGCUUUUAGAAGCUUUACGCUGCAUUUUUCUCCAUCUAAGUGGAGCAGAGUCACAUCCCCAUUCCUGU